AUGUCUCUGCACACUGAUGUUUCUGCUAGUGCUGAGCCACAAAGGUUAGGUCCCAUGAGUUAUACUAUUAGAAGAAAAUUGUUAAACCUUGUAAACUUACACGAUUCAACUGUAGAUCUAAGGAUAAUUUUCACGUCCACAAACACCAUUGGCCACUACUUCAAAGUAAAGGAUAAGCUUCCCAACCUGUUAUGUUCAUCUGUCGUCUAUAAAUUCACGUGCAGCAGCUGCAAUGCUGCUUACAUUGGAAAGACUUCUAGGAAUCUUUUCAUUCGUGCAGAUGAACAUAAAGGUGUUUCAUACAGAACGGGAAGACCACUAGGGAAACCCAUGGAUUCCCCAGUGCGUGAACAUUGUCAACAAUAUAACCAUAGCUUGUCAAGACAUGAUUUCAAAAUAAUAGACUCAUUAUCCUUUGCUUCUGACCUCUCCAUAUUAGAAAGUUUGAGGAUAUGGAAGGGACGACCGAAGCUUAAUGAAUAUUUAGCCUCCACUGACAUUGAAUUACUCCGCUCAUAA